AUGGAGAGAAACACGUCUUUCUCAGAAUUUCCCAGUAAUCACAGCUCCACCAACAGCUCCUGCUCCCGUGACAACGUUUUCAAGACGGUGGUUCUACCCGUCCUUUAUUCCUGCCUUUUCUUUGUGGGAAUCGCUCUGAAUUGUUUGGCAGCAUGGGUGUUGUUUCACAUCCCCUCCCGGUCUCACUUCAUUAUUUACCUGAAGAAUAUUGUUGUUGCAGAUAUCAUCAUGACGUUGACUUUCCCUUUUAAGGUGUUGUCAGACUCCAACAUGGCAACCACUAACCUGCGGAUAUUUGUGUGUCGUGUCUCCUCGGUCCUGUUGUACCUCACCAUGUACAUCAGCAUCCUUUUCUUUGGCCUCAUCAGCAUUGACCGCUGCAUAAAGACACUUAAGCCUUUCAGAGGCACUAACUCUAACCGACUCACCCGAAGAAAACUUCUUUCAGGAGCCAUUUGGACUUUUCUGCUGAUCCUUAGCUUGCCCAACGUAAUCCUCACUCGAAAAUUCCCGACUUCUCCUUAUUUUAAAUGCAGCGACCUGAAGACAGAAGGGGGGCUGUAUUGGCAUGGGGUGGUAAAUGAUGUCUGUCAAGUGAUUUUCUGGGGCAACCUGGUGACUGUCAUGAUAUGCUACUCUCUGAUCACCAAAGAACUGUACAAAUCCUACUCCCGUACCAAGUCCCAAUGCACUGAAGGGGCUGUAUCUCUAGCACCAAGAGGGGGAACAACUCGGAGACCUCCGAAGACCGAAAGAAAAAAAAUUAAUGUAAACGUGUUCCUGAUUCUAGCAGUGUUCUUUGUGUGCUUUGUGCCUUUUCACUUCGCCCGAGUUCCGUACACCAUGAGCCAGACUCGACCGGUUCUUUUUGAUUGCUCACACAAGCUUUUCUUCUUUCAGCUGAAGGAAAGCACACUUUUCCUCUCAUCCCUGAAUGCUGUACUGGACCCACUGAUCUACUUUUUCCUCUGUCAGUCCUUCAGGACCACUCUAUUCGAGACCCUGCGGCUGCCCCCUGGUAUAUGCCGCUGGGCAACAGGAUCCAGAGACUCGUCUGUCUGUACAUAA